AUAACUGUUGAGCUGUUGGACUAUAUAUAUGGUUUCUUUGAGUAUUUUCACAACACACAUAUUCCGAGUGCAAUUUUGGUUUCUGGUGUUCUUGAUUCCAUUUUUUUUGGUGCAAAUAUUAAAUAUGAGAACAGAAGAUUGGUGAGAAAUUAAAGACGCAAUAAAAGAAGAAGAAAAAAACGAAUUGGUGAACGUAUCAAAUAAAUAAAUGUGAAAAAUGGAAAAUAAUAUCGUGUGUAAUGGUCGAUCGAAUCCAGCAGUAAUGUCAAAUGCAGUACCAUCGAAUAAAGAUGCAAGGAGUAGCAAUGGCAACAGCAGCAGUAACAGUAGCAGCAAUAAUACUAAUCAUACAAAGACCACCAUUGAUUUGGCUAUGAUACCGAAUUUGAAUUGGUUAAUCCAUAUGGCCUUUGCUCGCCAAGACUAUAAAUACUGUAACGAAGCCAUUGAAUACCAAUUCAGUGAAACAUACGACCAUGAAUAUUUGUAUUAUGUAAAGGGUUUAAUAGCACGCAUCGAAGGUAACUUACAAGAAUCAUUGCUGUACUUACAGAAGGCGAUUGAAUUUAAUCCAAAUAAUCUUGACAAUUUGAAAGAAAUUGCAAAAACACUAUAUGCCAUGGAACGAUACAAACAGGCCUUGGAAAUCUUUGUGAAAAUUGACAAAACAUCACCGAACGGUGACCACGAAGUUUGCUAUUACAUCGGUGAUCUUUUAUAUCGUAAAUGCAAUCGCAUGCAAGUGGCUGUGUCGGACGAAGUGAAAGAGUACUUUACUCGAGCGGUUCGAGACGGCAAACAGUUGGAGAGUUAUACACUGUUGGCCGAAAUUUAUAAAGCUGAAAAUAAUUUGCCCAAAGCGAUUGAAAUGCUCGAAAAUAUCACACAAAUAACCACCGAAAAUAUCGACAUUCUCACCGAAAUCGGCAUCCUAUAUUUACGAAUCAACGAUACAAAGGGAGCGUUCGAUAAAUUGUACGAAGUGACCAAAUUACAUGAAAACUGCUCGAAGGCAUUGUUGGCAAUCGGAUCCAUUUUGCAAUCGAAAAACGAUGUCGAUGGUGCGCUCAACAAGUACAAACUCAUCGAUGCUGAGAGUCAAAAGGGUGCUGAAAUCUGGAACAAUGUCGGACUAUGUUUCUACAAAAAGAAAAAAUUCAUUGCGGCGAUAUCAUGUUUGAAAAAAGCCGUGUGGCUUGAACCGACCAAUUUCAAUUGUUUAUUCAACUUGGGACUGAUCUAUUUAACAGCACAUCAGUUUGCAAGCGCAUUCCACACCCUGGCUGCCGCUGCAUGUAUUCGAUUGGAUAACGCCGAAUGCUAUAUGCUUCUCGGAAUUUGUUUGCGAAAUUUGAACGAUCAUGGAAAUGCGUAUUUAGCCUUCGAACGCUCCGUCAUGCUACCGGAUGCCGUAAAAAAUCCAUUGAUUUAUUUGAAUUCUGCUGUAUAUAAUAUGCAAAUGAAACGCUAUGAAUUGGCGGUUGCAAAUAUAAACAAUUUCUUCAGUGUGGUCGAACACGUUAAUGUUCGAAACGAAUUCAAAGCGAUAGCGGAGAAAAUGAGAGAGUAUUUGCCACAGCCCAGCACCUCAAACAGUCAAACCGUUGAAGUGGAGCAUUCAACCGAACCAAUCAGCAGUAACAGCACAAAUGACAUCGAAGGCGCUGGUGAAGCCAUGGCCACACUUGAUGAAAGAGAGAAUUUAGUGUAGACGGACUUUUGUUUCGCUCGGUAGCGUUUUAGCCUUAGAAUGUGAUGUCAAACAUGUGACCAUUGUGAUGAGUAAAAAUGAAAUGAAAGAUUUUCGUGGUGUUUUUGUUGCUGUUGUUCUUGUUGCAAAUUGUUAACUAAAUGUCACGUUUUAUUUUUGAGGAGAGGCGCAUUUUGUAUUUCUAUAGACAAAACAAAAUAUUUAUUUUCUUAUAAAAAAAAGAAACAUUUAUGCAUAUUUAGGACAAUUUUUUGUUUCAUUAAUUUUCUUCUUCUUCUUCUUCUUUU